AUGGGUGAUCGCCCCAAUAGACCCUUCAUUGAACCAGAUAAAAUUGCUCUAGAUUUAUGCACUAAAGGAUGGAGAAGUAAAGGUAUCCGCGAUGAAAUAUUUCUUCAGCUUUGUAAGCAAACAAAAAGGAAUAAUAAUGUUGACAGCUUAAUUAAAGGAUGGGAGCUUUUUGCUAUCUUCCUGGAAAUGUUUCCUCCUUCUACCAAAUUUCAUUCCUAUCUCGAUGGCUAUUUUCAGACUAAUACAGGAGAAACAAUAGGAAAUAAUAAGAUUUCAGUUGCGGAAUAUGCAGUCUACUGUGUGAGACGAUUGCAGAGAUCUAAGGCCAGCCCUAAGAAGGGCAACAAUGAUCCAUCGUUACAAGAAGUUAUACACGUGAAGAAUACAGUUAUUGAAAAAUCACAAUUUGGUAGCACUGUAACGGAAGUAAUGGAAGUACAAAAAAAGCGGUAUCCAGAAAGAAAGAUACCAUGGAUACUGUCUACUUUAGCAGAAAUUGUGUUAAGGAUGGGUCUUACAACCGAAGGAAUCUUUAGAGUACCGGGAGAUAGUGAUGCAGUGAAUGCGUUAAAAGUUCACAUGGAUCAAUGGAAUAAACCAACAUCUGCAUUAUUACCUGAUUGUCAUGUACCUGCAUCAUUAUUAAAAUUAUGGUUUAGGGAAUUAUGGGAACCUCUUAUUCCUGAAAGAUUCUAA